GACAAGCCUGUCCUCCUCCUCCUCCAUGGCUUCCUGGGCUGCAAGGAGGACUGGGACCCGCUAGUCCCCGCCCUCCUACAGGACGGCACGUGCUCGUGCCUCGCCGUCGACCUGCCCGGUCACGGAGAUUUCGCGUGGAAGCAGGGGGGCAUGUCUUCCCAGCUGGCCCUGUCGUGGGAGGUCAGCUGCUUCCUACUGGACAUGCUGCUGCAGAGGCUGGGCGUGUCAUCGUGUGUGCUCGUGGGAUACUCGAUGGGGGGUCGACUCGCCCUCAACUUCGCGCUGAAGCAUCCUGCGCGGGUCAAGAGCAUGUGCAUUCUUAGCGCGCACCCUGGGCUGGAGAGCAGCGAGGAGAGGUUUCAGCGGGUGUGGGCGGACCGGGCAAGGGCGGAUGAGCUGAGGAGGCUGGUGGAGGAGGAGGAGGAGGAGGAGGAGGAGGGGAUGGGACGGGUGAAGCAGGAGGAGUGGAGGAGAUGGUUGAUGGAGUGGUAUGGCCAGUCGCUGUUUGGGGAGAUUGUGAAGAGCGAGAAGUUCCCGAAGAUUUUGGAGAGGAGAAGGCGGGGAAAUCCGAAGCACCUGGCGGAAGUUAUGGAGAACUGCAGCGUCGGGCGUCUAUCAAGCGCAUGGAACUUGUUUGAGAACUCUGGAGCUCCUAUCCUGUACUUGUACGGAGAGAGGUGA